AUGUUCGUACUUGAUGGGCUUGGAGAGUUCGAUGAUGCCUUUGCCGAACUCGCCCAGUUCAAUGACAAUUCUGAAACUGUCGUCGCUCCCUCCAUAAAACAUUUUACGUGGACGAAAACCUUGAUUAUUUAUGAAUGGGAUCCAAUCACUCCUGUGUUCGCAUUCCGCCGGCUUUUCACUCCCAUCUUGCGGCUCCCUUCUCUUCCACGACUUUCCGAAAUCCGUCUUAAAAAAACGUCAGGCCCUGAAUUGCUCCAUAUGCUCGAGCUUCUUAAAAGUACAGAAUGUCUCGAGAAUGUUACUUCCCGUUUACCUGUGCUAGAAGUGCAGCGGCCAUACUGGUUAACGCCCAAGGAUUUCCUAUGGAUGAUACAAACGACAAAAGCAUUUUCCAAUCUCAGGAUGCUGAUUCCCACCUGUCGUCCGCUCCCCACAUUUAGAAGAGCUCUCGCUCCUCAGUCCAAUUCCACUCUCUUCAUUCUCCAACCACCUGAAACACUUCGCAUAUUGCGCACCCUGAUUUGGUGCAGUUAUUUUGGGCCGCAUGAAUUCAUGCGCUUCCUGAACUCCCCAUUGAGUCGAAAUUUGAAGCUUAUCGAGCUUCCGCAUAUCUCGAGGUCGGCGAUGACCGAGUGGAAAGUUGAGAUGGAAACUGUGUUGCAAGUUGGAAGUCAUCUUGGGAAAGAUACCAUCAUCCCCACCGAAAUUUAUCCCGAGCCCGAAUUUAGACAACCUGGUGCAAUAAUAGCCAGAAUCGUGCGCUACAGUCGCUCUGUAUGUAUUCCCGCAGUGGACAAAGCAAUUCAGAAACCUCGCGGAGAGCUGAAUGUCGUCUUGGAACAGAUAUCGUUAUACUAA